AUGGACUACACUAUUAAAGAUUUCUUCUUUGAUGACCCUGAAGAAAAGUCUUUCUGGACUUAAACUCAGUUCGUUGCCAAAGUUAUUAAAACUGAAUUUCAAGACAAUAUGUAUAUAUAUAAGGAGAAAGAACUUGUAAAACGUAAAGUUGGGAUUAUGUCUCAUUAUCUCUUACUAUUUAAAGAUUAAGUAUAAUUUAAAGUGUAAAAAAUCUUUAGGAAGUACGUAAGUGGGUGAAUUUGAUAAAUGUUACCAUGGAGAUAAUUAAAAACCCAGUAGCUGGCCAAGGAAUUAGAUUUCUAAAAAACAAAUAAUGCUUUGAAAUGUUUGGUGAUAUUGAACUGUGGUAUAAUUACCUUAAAAAGUAUUGUAUUUAAAGAGGCUUCACUCAAAGAUACUCAUUACUUAAAAAAAUAGGUUAAGGGAAUUUCGCUGAAGUAUAUGAUUAUUUCAUUUUCAGGUAUUCAAGGCUGUUUGUAAGACUGAUGGACAUGAGUAUGCUAUCAAAUGCUUUAGAAAAUCUGAUUUAAAAGAAGAAGUUGAUAAAUUAUCGAUUAUUAAAGAAACUUCCAUCAUGAGAAAACUUUAAAAUGAGUCAGUAAUAAAAAUGUAUGAAGUAUUUGAAGGGGAUGAAUACUUAUACUUAGUUCUUGAAUAUUUGAAGGGAGGUGAAUUACAUAAAUACAUGAAAAAGUCUCCCCCUUUUUCUGAAGAAAAAUGUUCAAAAUUAAUUUACAAACUAUUAAAAACCUGUCAAUUUAUUCAUGAAUAAGGAAUAUUACAUCGAGAUAUUAAACCUGAAAAUAUUAUGUUAAGAAACAAAGAUGAUUUAGAAGACAUCUGUAUCUGUGAUUUUGGAUUGGCAGAUUAUUAUACUCCAAGUGGCAAGUAUUUAUUUACUAGAUGUGGAACUCCAGGAUAUGUUGCUCCUGAACUAUUAUAAGAUAAAAUCUAUGAUUACAAAGUAGAUAUAUACAGCAUAGGUAUUUUAAUGUUCAUUCUUAUUGCUGGUAAAUCUCCCUUUGAAGGAAAAGACUAUGAUGAUGUUGUAAUGAGAAAUUAUUAUGCUAAAGUUAAAUUCGAAGAAUGUAAAUUAAGUGAGCAUGGAAUGAGUCUACUUCAUGGUUUAAUGAACAAGAAUCCUGUUAAAAGAUUAAGUGCUUAAGAGGCACUUAAUCAUUAAUGGUUUAUAUAAGAAAAAUUAGCAAAAACAUGUCAAUUUAAAAUUCGAAGACAUAGUAAUGUGAAGAGAUUACCACAUCUUGAUGGUUCUCCUAUUCCUACUACUAAUUUCUUGAGUCCCAAACAUUCAUUCAAUAACCUCAGUCCACAAAGUCUGACCCGUACUGAUGAUAAUACACCAAACUCUCCAAUCACUCCUGUUACACCUUUGUAACAUAAAGGUAAACCAAUUCGUAAAUCGAUCUUCAAUCUGUAACAACUAUGAG